AUGGCACAGAAGGAGGACAAAAUGUACCUAUUAAAGACCCCGUUGCACGGGAUCUAUAUCCCAACAGCACUAUGCCUCUUUGGAAUCAGCAUCUUGAAUUAUCACUACUUGCCUUAUAUGAUACUCAUUUUGGCACUUUACUUUACAUAUCAGUACAUAAGAGUGAAGCACUUGAAGCCCACCAUGAGUUCAAAAGACUUCCAACCUUAUGAAUUGAUUGAUAUGACAAUUAUAUCGAAGAAUACAGCCAUUUAUCGGUUCAAACUGUACAGAGACUAUGAUAUUUUGAAGAUUCCAGUUGGCCAACAUCUUGCUUGCAAAGUUCAAAUCGAUGGUAAGGAUGAGAUUCGCUACUACACACCAAUAUCUAACCAAUUUGAUGAGGGUUUCUUUGACAUCAUGGUGAAAUCUUACAAAGAGGGUAAAGUGUCGCGGUAUUUUGCUGGCUUAAAAGUUGGAGAGAAAGUGGACUUUAAGGGACCCGUUGGCAGAAUGGAAUAUACAAAAAACAUGGCAAAGGAGAUUUAUAUGAUUGCGGGAGGUUCUGGAAUCACUCCAAUGCUUCAGGUCUUGGCAUCUGUAAUUACCACUCCUGAAGAUUUGACAAAUGUCCAUCUUUUGUACGCAAAUGAAACCAAAAACGACAUUCUUCUGAAGGAUGAGUUGGAAGACUUGAACAAAAGAUAUCCAAACUUUAAUGCUAAAUUUACCCUAACUAAUCCACCAUCAGGAUGGGAUGGUGAGACUGGAUACGUGACAAAAGAAAUGCUAUCUGAUUUCUUGCCAGAGCCUUCUGAUGACGUAAAGGUGUUCAUCUGUGGUCCAAUGCCAAUGAAAAAGAAGAUGCUCGAGUAUACUGAGGAGCUGGGAUGGCAGAAGGGAACCCUCUCAUCGGACAAAGAUGAUCAAAUAUUCUGCUUCUAA